GUGACUUAUGUUGACAAUAUAUUUAGAGGGUUUUUUUUUUUUCUUUAAAUAUGUUUUAACUGCAUUAUAUUAAUAAUACAGAUGCUAUGAGCGCGUUAUUUCGAUAGUAAUAUAAAAACAGCCGUUAUCGACACGUUAAAUGAUGGUGGAAAAUUCUCCCUCUCCUCUGCCGCAGAGAGCCAUCUAUGGUUUUGUUCUCCACCUCGGAUCGCAGUUUGGUUUCUGUCUCUACUGUGUGUGGGCGUUCAUACCGGAUGAAUGGCUUCAUUCAAUCGGACUCACAUACUGGCCUCAAAAAUAUUGGGCCCUUGCUGCUCCAAUCUAUUUUUUGGUGGCAUUAAUGGUCUUCGUGGCGGUUUUGUUCGGCAUCAACAUGUACAACACGGCUCCACUCGACUCAGUCAACAACUUCACAGAUGCGUUCGCUCGAAGCCAGAGAAGUGAAGAUGAUGAGAGAGGAGGUGUGCCCCGAAUGAAGGAUGUUUCCAUUAGUGAAGUCAACGUAAUGUUCUACAUGUCACCACAACCAUAACGAAGACUAACUUGCUGGCCGCGAGGUGCACAAGAAGCUGCUGCACGUUUGUU